AUGCCCAAUCGAGCCGGUGACAAACAUUACGACCCGAAAGGUGUGAGUAGGGCGACUUGGGCAUCCGAAGCUCGUGGUGUUGCUGGUGUUGGGAUUGCGCUUAGUACCAAGACUGGAUUUCAGUCAUUAGCCGAAUGCUCGCUGUACAUCUCGCGGUCUAGCAUGGGCCAACUGCUACCGACCGAAGCGUCGAUGCUUAUUCGUCGUAUCGAUGUAUGCAUCGACCGAUUACAAUACACUUGA